AUGGAUAAUCAACCAAAACACUCCUCUAUUGGAUCCAAUCUUGCCCUUCUCUCCUUACUCUUGGCUUGUGCUGUUUAUCUUUGUAUAUGGUCUUCUUCAUCCUCCCUCAUAAACCCUCUCUUUAGCUUUCAGAAACAUGAUGCCCAAUGCCCGUCAAAGAACCCAACCACCGCUGCAUUUAAUGUGGCUCCAGAUGAGCUUUUGGCCACCUUAGACAAGGCCUCGAUUGGCAACAAGACUGUGAUCAUUGCUGUUAUAAACAAGGCCUACGCAGUCCAAGAGGUCAAGGCAGACACCACCAUGCUUGACCUUUUCAUCGAGAGCUUUUGGCAAGGGGAGAACACUAGACAUCUGCUCGAUCAUCUUGUGCUCGUGGCGGUUGAUCAGACUGCCUACGAUCGCUGCCAGUUUCUGAGGCUCAACUGCUACCGGCUGGAAACGGACGGUGUUGAUUUUGGGGGAGAGAAGCUUUACAUGUCUCAAGAUUUCAUCAAGAUGAUGUGGAGAAGAACUUGGUUUCUGUUGGAGGUUCUAAAACGCGGUUACAGCUUCAUAUUCACGGACACUGAUGUUUUGUGGCUAAGGAACCCGUUCUCAAGACUAAGCCAGAACGAAACUGAGGAUUUGCAAAUAAGCACAGAUAUGUUCUUUGGAGAUCCAUGGAACCAAACACUAAUCAACACUGGCUUCUACCACAUCAGAUCGAACAACAAGACCAUUGCACUGUUUGAUAGAUGGUACACCAUGAAGGACAAUGCCACGGGACAAAAAGAGCAGGAUGUCCUAUUAGACCUAAUCCGAAGGGGGAUCAUUGGGCAGCUGGGACUUAAGGUUAGGUUCUUGGACACCCUCUAUUUCAGUGGCUUUUGCCAAGAUAGCAAGGACUUUGGGGCAGUGACCACUGUCCAUGCCAACUGUUGCCGGAGCAUCGUGGCCAAGGUUAAGGACUUGAAGGCUGUCCUCCGGGACUGGAAGCAGUUCAAGAAGACCACGGCCCAGAAAACAACUGCCGGUCUAGCAGCAGAUGGUUUCCAAUGGUCAGGCCACUGGGGAUGCUGGAAUUCAUGGAAAGUUCCUAAUGACACUGGGAAAGCAACUCAUAAGGCAUGA